AUGUUUCGGCUCCUGUUGGACGCGCUCGGGCUCUACGCCGCGUGGCACCCGUCGAGCGGCGACAGCAGCGACAUUGACACGCUCACGUACGACGCCCCGGCACCGCCACCGCCCUUCCCGAACGACGUCGCCGCCACCUUUCUCGAGACGUUUGACGGCAGCGACGUGCCCGACUCGACAGGCGCAUGGUUCUACCACUACCACGCGGCGAGCGGCGACAAGAACUGGCGCGUCGAGCAUGACGCGCCGCAGGCCGACCCGUUCUGCCAGUGUGCACAGCCCAACUCGACGGACGCGUGCACGCUCUACUAUACAAAAGAGAGCUUGUACGUGCACUUCCCGAGUCAAGUCGGCGCGUGCUGCCGCCUCUGUGACGCGACGACGCCAGGCUGCGGUAUGCUGUCGCCGACGUGGCUCUCGGCGUCGCCGGCACUGCGGUACACUGGCUUCGACGAGCUCGAUGGUCGUCUCUGCUAUCAGUUUUGCCCUCCUCCGACGGGCACCGUGACCGACUGCAUGAGCUACGACGACUAUGGACUUCCGUGCCGCUUCACCGAGACGACGGCAACAACUGUGCACAACUUGACCUUCACGUCGUGGACUGUCACGACCCAGCCGCCGUCGACGUUUGCGCUGCCGGCGCUCUCGUGCGAUACAAACUGCGCGUCCCUCUUCCCCACCUGCGCAGCCUAA